AUGUCUCGACAACUUCUACACCGCGGACUCGCCGAAACAGGUCUUCUCGCCCUCGGCAGAUCCCACCCCGACAUCAAAUUACUAUGCCUCCAGCGCUUCGUGCGCAUGUUCGCCUACGGCGCAACGACCCUGCAGUUGGUAGCCUACUUUGAACUCCUCGGCUUCUCGGCGACGCGAAUCGGUCUGUUCAUGGCGUUUACUCUCGUCGGAGACGUCUGCAUCAGUCUGGUCCUCACUACCAUCGCCGAUGGCGUGGGGCGGAAGGCGGUGCUGGCUGCGGGCGCGGUUUUGAUGGCUGUCAGCGGUGUUGUUUUCGCGAUGUGCAGCGGGUUUUGGGUGUUGUUGGGUGCUGCUGUGAAUGAAGGACUUGUGAGGCUGAUUGUGAGCAGCGGUGCCGAGAUUGGACCUUUCCGUGCCGUGGAAGAGAGUAUUGUCGCGCAUCUUACUACCGCUAAAGAUAGAAGUGACGUCUAUGCCUGGUACAGUCUCAUGGGCGCAGCCGGCACUGCAUUUGGUGCGAUGACGAGCGGUUGGACGGCGCACUACUUGACGACGAGUGCCGGCUGGGGACUUGAGCAUGCGUACCGCGUAGUCUUUUACGGGUAUGCGGUGCUUGGUGUGUUCAAGUUCUUCCUCGCGUUGCUUCUGAGCCGUGAUAUCGAGGCAGAGCGGGAUGAAGCUGGGGUGUCUGAGGAGGAGACUGUCCCGAUUCUGGGCGAACGGCCGGCUGAGAGGGAGGUAGAGGUCAAGACUUGGCGAUCGAAGCUUGUUCCGAGGAUUGAGAGGGAGAGUAUGCCUGUGGUUGCUACCUUGUGUUUCUUUUUUGCGCUUGACUCUUUCGCCUCGAGCUUGACUACCCAAUCCUGGAUCGCCUUCUUCUUCCGGUGGAAGUUCAACAUAGACGACGGAACUCUAGGGUCUCUGUUCUUCACCACCAGCCUCCUGGCGGCUGCCACUACUCUGGUGGCAUCCUCGAUAGCCAAACGAAUUGGCAACCUAAAUGCAAUGGUCUUCACCCACCUCCCCUCGACAAUCUUCACAGCCCUCAUUCCCCUCCCGCAAGACGCCACUACGGCCAUCGUCUUCCUGAUUUUCCGCGCCCUGACGCAUUCCAUGGACGUCGCGCCGAGGGCCGCGUUCCUCACAGGUGUGGUCUUGCCCAAGGAACGGACUACUGUGUUGGGCUUGAUCAACGUUUUGAAAACGUGCACUUCGAGUGUAGGUCCUGUGGGCGUUGGAAUCUUGGUGGACAAGAAUCUCUUCUGGGUUGCUUUUGUGGGCGCGGGAUGUCUCAAGGUUGUUUACGACCUUGGUAUGUUGGUUUCUUUCCGCAAGCAUGAGCGAGAGCUACGGGAUGGAGCGGCUGGGACUGAUUAG